AUGCUAACAAUAGGGAAAUCAUUUAAUUGUUAUUUUUGUCUAUAUACCACUAAUGAUCCUGAACGAUGUAAAGAACAUGAAUUUUACACUCAUGUUGUUGGAGUUUUUUUUCCUCCUACACCAGGAAUAAUUCCUGAUUAUCAAAUUUAUCCUUAUAGAGAACCUACACCAGAAGAGGAACAAAUUACUCCAUGUGUUAUUAAAGAAUGUGAAAGUAUUAUAACAGGAAAAAAUUUAACAAGACAUGUUAUGAAUCGUCAUUGUAAUGAUACUCCACCAUUUCAAUGUAAAUAUUGUUUUAGAUUUUACAAUAAUCAUGUUUCAGUUCUUCAACAUGCCGUUGAAUGUAAUCUUGGAGCUAUUGAUAAAUAUUUUCAUUCAAAUGAAUUGAAACUUUUAAAUUUAUGUGUUAAUAAUAAAAAAGCAUUCAAUAUUUACAAGGAAUGUUUUGAUACAUAUCUUAAAAAUGAUAUUAAGUAUAAUCCUCAAGAAUAUGAUAAAAAAAGUAAUGAUUAUAUAUCAUUUCCAGAAAGUACUGUUGGAUUAACUAUAACAUUAAUUCAACGUUUGUUGAAUGCAUUUUUUAAAGAUAAAUUAAUACAAAGACAUCAAUUGGAAAAAACAUUUUUAGUUACUGAUCGUAAUAACUUUGAUCAGAUGUAUAAUUUUUUUCAUUGUAUUGCUUCAUUAUUUCCAGAAAUUUUUAAUUCAUUGGUUCCAAUAAUUGAAUGUUGUGAAAAUCGUUAUACAAAUCCAACUCUUUGCAAUUGUAAUAAAUUAAUAAUUAAUAAUUUACCAACAAAUAACAAAGAAAAUAAUUUUCUUGAUUUACAAAUUAGUAUACCACCAUUUGUUCAAGCACCAGAUGGUACUUAUCAUUAUGCCUUAAAUCCAAAUACCUUUUUUAUUAAUGGUACACAUAAAUUUUUUAAAAUAAUUGAUGGUAUAAAUCUUGAUAGUGAUGGAGUUUAUGGAGCACUUUUAUCAUCAGCUAUUUAUGCUGAUAUUUUUGAAUUUAUGAAAAUGAAUGAUGAAAAUCUUAAUAAACAAUUAAUAAAUAUUGGUUAUGAUAACUAUAGAGAUCGUUGGGAAUUGAUAAAUAUGAUAAGAAAAAAAUGCUUUUUUUUAAUUAAUGGUAGAGAUCCAGAGGAAGGUGAAAAAAUGGUCCUUCUAAAUGAUACUGUAUUUUUACCAACAUGUACUUUUACUGAUGAUAGCAAAGCAGAAUUUUUAAAAAAUUGGCUUGAAGAAGUUAAUACAUAUUAUUGUAUUGAAAAUUCUGAUAUGAAUUUUAUUAAAUGUAUUAAUCCAAUGUUACCAUUUUUAGAUAACAUUAAUUAUAAUAAUAACUUCAGAAAUAGAUAUAGUGAACCUACUGCUUCUUCAAGAUUAGCAAUAGCUUUAAAAAAAGUGUUUUCUUUGUAUACUUCUGCUCCAGAUGAAGUAGUUGAUGAUUGUCUUAAAAAAGUUGAUUUAACACAUAUUUACUUUUGUGUUGCAAAUGAGCAGGAAAGUUCUUAUUACGAUAAUUAUAACUACGAAAUGUAUGACAACAACGAUGAAAUUAAUAUUGAAAUGAAUGUUCUUAGUCAUCGUGUUCAACAAAUUGAAUUAAACUUUUUUGAACCACAAAAUGAUAAUGACGAUGAAAAAGUAGAAUUUGAUGACAAACAAAUGGAAAUUCCAUCUAGUGAUUUUGAUCAAUACGAAAUUCUUGACAAACUUAUGGAUGCACUUCCAGAUAAUGGGCUUUUGAUGGAUACAUUCAAAGAAAGUACUAAUGAAGCUAUUGAAAAUUAUGAUACUUUAUAUACUCCAGAAGAAGAUUCUAUUGAAAAUACCAUAAAUUCAGUUGAUGAUUUAGAUAGUCAAAAUAAUUAUUUUGACACUGAUUGGGAUCAUACGACAAAAAUGAAUUUUGAAGUAAGUUUAGAUACAGUUAAAAAUUCAAAAAAUGUCACAUUUAAUGAGAAUUACUCUGUUGACUUAUCAGUGAAUACUAUUACUAAUCAUAAAGCAAACAUACAAAAUCAACCCAUGGAUUUAUCUAUAAACUCAUCAAAUCAAUGGAUGUUAAUAGAUCCUACAAACAAUCAUCAAUCAGAAAGAAACAUAGAUAAUCAAAUUACGAAUUAUGAAAACAAUUCAUUUUUGGGUCAUAUUAAUAUUUUAAAUAGCAACGUAAAUUCAUAUCACAAUUUACCGGCAAACAUGCGCAACAUAAAUGACAUAUUUUUUCAAAACAUAUUUAAGAUACAUGAACAUGUAACAAGAAAUUUAUCAGAUAUCGGUAAAGGAUCAAAAAAUAAUAAAAUAUUAAAUAAAACUAUUCAAAAAAGUAAUUAUAGAAAAUAA